AGCAAUAAGGAAGACAUGUUUGUUACUCAUUAACUCCAGCAGACUUUCUACCCUUCGGUCUGGACAGCAACAAGAAACCUGAACACUUUAGUAAAUUCACCAAAGAUUUUCAUUUGGGAACAAGCCAAAAGAUGAGCGACAUUUUAGAGGAUGAAAGUGAUAUCUCUUUCACUGUAAAGUUUCUUGGCCGGGUUGAGGUGGUCCGGCCCUCUGGACAGCAGAUCCUGGAGGAAGCUGUUCAGAGUGUGAAGAAGCCUGAAAAAUUCAACUCAGAAAAAGCAGCGAAGAAGAGCAAAGUCCUCAUCUUCCUGUCCAUGAGUGGGAUUGACAUUUUGGAAUACAAAACCAAGUUCCUCCUGUACUCCUGCCCUCUGCCCACCGUCUCCUUCUGUGCCGUCCUGCGCGACUCCCCCAAAGUCUUUGGUUUUAUAGCGCAGCAUCCUGCGGCUGACAUGUACCACUGCUACCUGUUCCAGAGCCAGAAGCUUGCUCCUGUCCUGGUGUCAGCUAUCGGCGACGCUUUCCGAGCUUCAAGAAAGGAGCAGAACGUCAGAGGAGGCAGAGACCUGGUAGUGGAGGCACUCAGACACAAGAAUAAAGUGCUGCAGAGAGAAAACGACGAGCUGAGAAGGAAGCUUGGAGGACAUAUCUAUGAGGCCCUGUCGUAGUGUUUGGACACACGGAUGAAAUGAAGGGACAGUUUCAUAAAAAUAUAUACAGUGGACGCAAGUGUGGGUGUGUGAUUGUGGUGGUGCAUAAAAAAUAUAUGCAAAUAUACAGAGAACAUAACAUGACAGAAGAGUUCAAUUCUAUUUCAUUUGGAAAUGAAAUAAGUUUAUAAUUUUUUAGCCUUUGAUUUGAAAUGAAUGUCCAUUUAUUUAAAAAAAAAGGAUUAUGAUCAUGGCAAAAGGCUAUAAUUAAAGUUUUUAAGGU